AUGCCAUCUCAACUAGAAGAACUAGUUUCUUUCCUACAUUCUCCACAACCUGCUGUGGUUCAAAUUGCAUUAGAUAACCUGGUAGGGUUCAGCACAGGUGCAAAUGCUUCCAUUUUCAAAUAUGAUAAUUACAAGGCGUUAUCAGAUUUAAGGAAAUUGGCACAGGAGAAAUCUAAGAUUCUCGUGCAACAAUCUGUGACUAUAUUGGCCAAUUUGUGUGAUGAUGCCAUCAUGAGGAAGAUGAUCGUUGAUGAUACAGAAUUUUUAAAGUUUUUGACUUGGAAAAUUUGUGAUUUGGAGAAUACUUCUGCUGAUAUUAUGUGUAUCCUUUUGAGUAACUUGGCAAAGGAGGAUACUAUUACCUGCGUCUUUGAUUUUGUUAAGGACGAAGGGAAGAAGCUGGAUGCCGUCUUUAAGAGUAAUAAAGUUAUGGAUUGCCUGAUGGAUUGUUUUGUUAUGGGGUACGAUAGAAAAUUGAAUAAAUUCGCUAACUUUGAUUAUUUGGCCUAUUUCUUUUCUGAUAUUUCCAGAUUCAGAGCAGGGAGAUCAUAUUUCAUCUCAGAACAAGAAUAUGAUGGUGUAGUACCAAUUUCAAAAUUAUUAGUUUUUACUGAAAAGUAUGAUUCAAAGACCAGAAGAGAAGGUAUCGCAUCCACAAUUAAGAAUUCAUUAUUUGAUUCAGAGAUUCACGAAAGAUUGUUAACUGAUGAAAAUAUUAAUCUACUUCCCUAUAUUCUCCUACCGAUUACCAGCUAUAAAGAUUCUGAAAUUGAUGAGGAGGAUAUGUUUAAUUUGCCCGAUGAAUUGCAAUUACUUCCAGAAGAUAAAAUUAGAGAUCCUGUACCAGCAAUUAUUUGCUCUCAUUUGGAAAGUAUACUGCUGCUAUGUACCACUAAAAAUGCAAGAGAAUAUAUGAGAAGUAAAUCAGUCUAUCCAUUAGUUAGAGAGUUGCACAAAAAUGUAGAGGAUGAAGAUAUUGGUGAAUUAUGUUAUAGAAUCGUUAAUACCUUAAUGAGAGGUGAUCCAAAUGCAGGACCCGUUGAAGAACUGGUAUCUAAGACUGCUGAAGAAGAAGAUGAUGACGAUGACGACGACGACGACGACGAAGAUAUGGACGAAGAUGAUGACGAUGAGGACAUUGUCGAAGUUUUAUAA